AUGUCCCUGAUGGAUCAAGACUCGGUCGAGGCUCCGGCUCCACAGCGCAUUCCUUAUUGGCGAAUUGUGGUGGAUCAAGGGGUUGUGACUCCAGAAAUAAUCGAUCAUCACUAUGCUGGCUCUGGGACUGAAGCCGAUCCGUAUGUCGUCGAAUGGAUUCCAAAUGACCCUCGCAACCCUAUGAACUUUGAUAUAAACCUCAAAUGGACCUACACAAUUACUGUUGCGUUCGCGACCCUUGCGGUGUCUCUUGCGUCAUCUGCCUAUGCUGGAGGCAUCGCUGAAAUAUUGACAGGUUUGCAUGUUGGCGAAGAAGUCGCCACUCUUGGUGUAUCACUCUUCGUACUAGGCUUUGCAGUCGGACCGCUGAUCUGGGCCCCUCUCAGUGAGCUUAUCGGGCGACAGUACGUAUUUAUGGGCACAUUUUUCGCCCUCGCGGCAUUCUGCGCAGGCGCAGCAGGCUGUCAAAAUAUCUGGAGUCUGGUCAUAAUCCGAUUUUUCGCCGCAUCGUUUGGUUCGUCUCCCUUCUCGAAUGCUGGAGGUGUCAUUGCAGACAUCUUUCACGCUGACCAGCGUGGAUUGGCCACUAGUCUGUUUGCCGGCGCACCUUUCCUAGGUCCCUCAGUCGGCCCUAUCAUCGGUGGUUUUAUAUCUGAGAAUGCGGGAUGGCGAUGGGUGCAAGGUUUCUUAGCCAUGUUCACUGGAGUUAUCUGGAUUAUUCACUGCUUGGUGGUGCCAGAAACCUAUGCACCCGUGCUGCUUCGCAAGCGGGCUCAGCGUCUUUCCCAAAUCACUGGAAAAUGUUACCUCAGUAAGUUGGAUAUUGAUCGUGGCCCAGUGACCGCUGGUGCUGCAUUUGGAACCGCACUGCGACGACCCUGGAUUCUUCUCUUCGCAGAACCUAUCGUUCUCCUGCUAUCAACUUAUAUGGCCAUUGUGUACGGUACUUUGUACAUGCUCUUUGAUGCUUUCCCGAUUGUCUUCCAAGAGAUUCGCGGCUGGAGCGAGGGUAUUGGAAGCUUGCCCUUCCUCGCUGUCAUGAUCGGAAUGAUGAUCGCAGUCGGGAUUAACAUGCACGACAAUAAGCGCUAUGUUCGCAUCCAUAAAAAGCACAACGGUUUCGCACCACCCGAAGCUCGACUACCGCCAACAAUGUUCGGAGGAAUUGCCAUUCCUAUCGGUUUGUUUUGGUUUGCAUGGACUAACUAUACCUCUAUUCCAUGGAUUGUGUGUGUGCUAGCAACAGCGCCCUUCGGCUUCGGUAUGGUGUUCGUUUUCCUAGGAAUCAUGAACUACCUUAUCGAUGCAUACACCAUCUAUGCCGCAUCUGUUCUGGCAGCGAACUCGAUAAUCCGUUCGCUUUUCGGUGCCGUUUUCCCCCUGUUCACGACCUACAUGUAUCGCAAUCUGGGAAUUCACUGGGCGUCAUGUAUCCCGGCAUUCUUGGCUCUUAUUUGCGUUCCGUUCCCAUUUAUCUUCUAUAAAUAUGGGGCAGCUAUUCGUCGCAAGUGCAAGUAUUCCGCGGAAUCGGAUAACUUCAUGCGUUCGUUGGCACAGAAGGCUCAGGAGGCUUCUCAAGAGAAGCCUCAUCAGUAUAUCGAGAAAGAGAUUCCCAAAACACCUGGGGAGUCUACCGAUAUUGAAGUCGAUGUUGAUAUCGAAGCCCUGACCAGGUCGAAUACUUCUCAUUCCGCUCAUUCCGCACUGGAGCGUGUCGAGACGAUAUACGAUGAAAAUCCGUAUGACAUUGACCGCGUGAACACAAAAAAUUCGAAAAUCUCUCGCAAGUCAAAAUCCAUUAAAGAGCGCGCCUCAUCCUUCUUUUCAUCCAGCCGCAAAUAA